AUGAAGGGCUCUUUUCUUCUGACCCAAGCCUGCACCGCCAGCGCCCCAGCUGCCGCAUUAGACGCAGCACUUAUUUUCGGACAUGGCACUUUCCAACGACUGGCACUGCUGUGCACCGCGAUUUCCAUCUUCAUCGCAGUAAGCGACAGCCUCGUUACCGUGGUAUUCGCACAGCCCAUCGAACACUGGUGCAGGCCACCGCCGGAGCUAGCUUACAUGCCGACCGACGUCUGGAAGAAUCAGAGCAUCCCCGUGGAACCGGACGGCACGUUCAGCAAAUGCACCCGCUACGAGCCUCCACUGGACGCGGGAAAUGCGACGGAGAACCGAACCGUGGUCUUUUGCGACGAGUGGGACUACGCUCUGGCGACCACGGGGAAGUCCAUCAUCAGCGAGUGGAACCUGGUUUGCCACAGACACCGGCUCCUUUUGCUCCAUUCGCUCGUAUACUUCGGUGGAGCCGUCGCCGGGAGCGUGAUCGGGUACUUCGGGGACAGCUUUGGCCGCAAACCAGUUUUCGUGGUCGCGCUGUUACUGCUAGUCGCCUCUGGCACGGCCAUAAUCGUCUCCAACACGGUGCUCACGUUUAUCAUCUUGCGCUUUCUGACAUCGGCGACAUCUUUGACGGUUUUGAACAUGGCGGCAGUUCUGCUGUUCGAGGUGACGGAAACAACGCAUCGCGUCGUCUUCUGCUCCUUUGCCUCCUCGUGCACAUCCGCGGGGCUGACACUGUUCCAAUUCCUCUUACUGGCGGUAGGUGGACACUGGAGGCUGGCUCAAGCGAUACUUAUGGUGGCGACAAGCUUCCUCCUGUUCGCUUCCUACGCCAUUGAAGAGUCUCCUUGUUGGCUGCUGGCCUCGGGCGACAUCCAAGGUACCGAGCGCGCAGUGCUCUCGGCUGCAAAGGUAAACCGCUACCCCCUAGACGACGUGAAGGCCAAGAUGACUCACAUCAAGUACGUGAUGUUGCGGAGGGCAACACGCAAACGAACGUUCAACAAGCGAGCCCCUUGGACCUUGUCCUGA